AGGCCAACCGUUGCAAUUAUUGAAAAGGACUUUAACAAUAAUGAUGAUGAUGGAGAUAGAGAAAAAAAUCUAUAUCUUCCUGCUUCAUUCUUAAGAUCAAAAAAGUGGUGUUCUACUCACGUUGCUAAUGCUUUAGCACUUGCUCGCUGUAGAGGAAAGCCAAGUUUCUUUAUACGAUUACCACUAAUCCAAAUUGGAAAGAAAUCCGAUCAUUUCUAA